UGGCCAAAGCCGCCCCUAAAUUCUUCCCACGCUGCCGAGCACCAUGUCCCGGGCACUCCGCCUUCUCCUGCGGCCGCGGCGCCUCCCGCGGCCUCCGGCCUCCGCUUCAGCUCCGGGCUGGCGUGGCGCAGCCGUCCUCCCGCCGUGGGCCCCGAACGCCGCUCGAAUGGCGAGCCAGAAUUCCUUCCGGAUAGAAUAUGAUACCUUUGGUGAACUGAAGGUACCAAAUGAUAAGUAUUACGGUGCCCAGACUGUGCGAUCGACAAUGAACUUUAAGAUUGGAGGUGUGACAGAACGCAUGCCAAUCCCAGUCAUUAAAGCUUUUGGUAUCCUGAAACGAGCAGCGGCUGAAGUAAACCAGGAUUAUGGUCUUGAUCCCAAGCUUGCUAAUGCAAUAAUGAAGGCAGCAGAUGAGGUAGCCGAAGGUAAAUUAAAUGAUCAUUUUCCUCUUGUGGUGUGGCAGACUGGAUCAGGAACCCAGACAAACAUGAAUGUAAAUGAGGUCAUUAGCAAUAGAGCAAUAGAAAUGUUGGGAGGUAAACUUGGCAGCAAGGACCCUGUGCAUCCCAAUGAUCACGUAAAUAAAAGCCAGAGCUCCAAUGACACUUUCCCCACAGCAAUGCACAUUGCUGCUGCAGUAGAAGUUCAUGAAGUGCUGUUACCAGGACUGCAGAAGCUCCAUGAUGCUCUUAGUGCAAAGUCCAAAGAGUUUGCAGAGAUCAUCAAAAUUGGGCGUACUCACACUCAGGAUGCUGUUCCACUGACUCUAGGGCAGGAAUUCAGUGGGUAUGUUCAACAAGUGCAGUAUGCAAUGGCGAGAAUUAAAGCUGCCAUGCCAAGGAUCUAUGAGCUGGCAGCUGGGGGCACUGCUGUAGGUACUGGUUUAAAUACUAGAAUUGGCUUUGCGGAGAAGGUUGCUGCGAAAGUGGCUGCACUCACAGGCUUGCCUUUUGUCACUGCUCCAAAUAAAUUUGAAGCUCUGGCUGCUCAUGAUGCUCUGGUGGAACUCAGCGGAGCCAUGAACACUACAGCCUGCAGUCUGAUGAAGAUAGCGAAUGACAUUCGUUUUCUGGGCUCUGGUCCCCGGUCGGGGCUGGGAGAACUGAUCCUGCCUGAAAAUGAACCAGGAAGCAGCAUUAUGCCAGGCAAGGUGAAUCCAACUCAGUGCGAAGCCAUGACCAUGGUUGCGGCCCAGGUUAUGGGGAACCAUGUUGCCGUCACCGUUGGAGGCAGCAAUGGGCAUUUUGAGUUGAAUGUUUUCAAGCCCAUGAUGAUUAAAAACGUGUUGCACUCAGCCAGGCUGCUGGGCGAUGCUGCCGUUUCCUUCACAGACAACUGCGUGCUGGGGAUCCAGGCCAACACAGAAAGAAUCAACAAGCUCAUGAGCGAAUCUCUAAUGUUGGUGACGGCUCUCAAUCCUCACAUAGGGUAUGACAAGGCAGCAAAGAUCGCUAAGACUGCACACAAAAAAGGAUCAACCUUGAAGGAAACUGCUAUAGAGCUGGGCUAUCUCACUGCAGAGCAGUUUGAAGAGUGGGUGAAACCAAAGGACAUGCUGGGUCCAAAAUGAGUGAAUUUAUAAUAAAAAUAAACUUGUGUAAAGUAAGAAA